CCGAGCGAAGUCUCCCUCCGCCCCCGCCCGCGCUCCCCACCCCUUCCUCUGGCCGCGGAGAAGGGCAUGGAGUUCGCGGGAGCCUAUAAAAGCCCCUGAGAGCCCGCCGAGGCCACGGCGUUGCGAUAGCCGACGGAGCCGAGUGGGCGCACCAUGUCCCAUCACUGGGGGUACGACAGCCACAACGGACCCGCGCACUGGCACGAGCACUUUCCCAUCGCCAAUGGGGAGCGCCAGUCGCCUAUCGCCAUCAGCACCAAGGCCGCCCGCUACGACCCCGCGCUGAAGCCCCUCAGCUUCAGCUACGAUGCCGGCACGGCCAAAGCCAUCGUCAACAACGGGCACUCCUUCAACGUGGAGUUCGACGACUCCUCUGACAAGUCAGUGCUGCAAGGAGGAGCACUGGAUGGAGUCUACAGGUUGGUGCAAUUUCACAUUCACUGGGGAUCCUGUGAGGGCCAGGGCUCUGAGCACACUGUGGAUGGCGUGAAGUAUGAUGCUGAGGUAGGAUGUGCUUUGCCUUUCCAGUCUUGUGUGUCUAAUGAGUAUUUUGAUUUUGGGAAAGAAGCUCCUUUUCCAAACUUUGAUCCUUCGAUUCUUUUCCCUAAAUCUCAUGACUAUUGGACAUACCAUGGUUCGUUCACUACUCCACCUUGUGAAGAGUGCAUCACUUGGAUUGUUCUUCGGGAGCCUAUCAUAGUCAGCUCAGACCAGAUGGCGAAGCUCCGUAGCUUAUCAAAGAAUGCUGAGAAUGAACCUGAUCUCCCCCUUGUCGAUAACUGGCGCCCAACUCAGCCUCGGUAUUUCAGGAUGGUGAGCGCAUCAUUCCUUUAGGACCUGGCUCAGGUUUGUUGCCCUUCAGUGAGGUGAUCUCUAGAACUAGGAAAUGGUCUUGCUUUGGUUCCUCUGCUGUAUUUACACAGGAUACCAGCUGUAGGCUUGGAUGCUGAAACUUUGAGAUGUGAAAUGGGAAUUUCACUUUCAGAGGAUAAAAUUUACAUUUGAAAACCUUAUUAUUAAAAUGGAAAUAAAAAAUCUGUUUGUUAUUAGUAUGAAGGAAGAAAGAAGACAUUACUAAUGAAUAUAGAAGAAUUUCCUAUUGGCCAUGUCUCUUGGUGCUUGCCUUAUUACAAACUAAAGAGAUUGCAGUUAAGAGAAGUAAAAUAAAAAUAAAACCAUAUUUUUCAGUAAUUGUUUUCAAAUUAAGCGUGUUCUACUCUGAGCUGCACCAGUUAUGCACAUUAAUAAAUGAGAGCACUGUUGAUAUUUGAUAUUCAUAUAAAAUAGGUAAGGAUAGCAAAUUGCUUCAUUACCACUGAUUUCAAAGUCAGCUUUUAACUUGAUAAAGCAAAGGACAGGUGUGACAAAGGUCUAUUCUGAAAACUGUAUUCACUAAAUCAUACUUAGAUAAAACUAUGGAAUUGAGGAAGAGCUAUUUCUAUUUGUGUCAAAACUGGUUGUCCAUAUUAAAAAACUAAUUUGUUUUUCAGCAUUAUAGCAAUCAAAGUGACAUGGAUUUUGAGAACUUCAUCUUAGUAUCCUAAAUAUAUAUAUUUUCUCCAUGUAUGCUAAUAGCUUUUAUCUGUUAGUAUAUUGUUAAGAUAGCAAAAGUUCUUAAUUUCUAGUGCUUUUUUGAGGCAUAUUUUUUGUUCAUGUACAAAUAUAAUUGAUUCUGCUAUUAAUGAGAUUUGUGCGUAAAUAUCUGAAUCCACAGUUUGACUCUUCUGAUCAAAAGGCAGUAGACCAAGGUGUUCUUUCUCUUUCGUUUUGGCAUCAAGAACAAUGGAGCAGAAUUGUAAGCCUAUAGUUGAAAUAACAGUAUCUUUGCAUUUAAAAAUCCAAUGUUAAUAA